AUGAAAAGGGCUAGUGGACGUGGGACAACCUUCUAUUGGGUCGAGAAAUCAUUGAGUAGGGAUCUCUCUAGCAAAUUGGGAAUGAAAGACAAGUGGAGGUAUGGAAUGAUCGUGUGCGAGGAAGCUGUGAUAAAAUCUAUGCCUACUAGUCCUCCUAAUACGGUUGAUCGCCUUGUGUGGCUAGCUAUGAAGUCUGGCUCCUACAUUGUCAAGUUGGGAUAUCAUGCUACUAUUUAUUCUAGUCAGCAUCAUCAUUAUGAUGAAGCCAACAACUUCCAUGUGGUGUGUGAUGUGAUUUGGAAGAUUAUUUGGGGUGCACGACCUUUCCUAAAAUUAAAAACUUCAUGUGGAUAG